GUUCUCUUCUGCAUCAGUUAAACUUUUUAGUCGAAGUUUUAAAAAGUCCUGUGUUAUAUACCGCCAAAAAAUGAAAUAUUUAAUUGUGUUUGCUAGUUUCCUGCUAUUUGCUGCUGCUUUGCCAGUCGAUGUUAUUGAAGAUGAAGAAGGUCAAGAAUAUGCUUUGGUGCCGCUUCAUAGAGAAAGAAGGCAACUCAAAUGGGGUCUUAACCAAUCAGGCUACGGUCUCAGCCAUAGUGGCAACUUAUUUAACAAUAACAACAACAGACUAGAUGGAACAGUGAGUGCAUCUAAAGCAUGGGGAUCACACGGAUUGAAGCCCGAUACUUUCGGAGGUCGUUUGGACUUUGCCAACAAGCCAAGCAGUUCAUCUGCAUUUGUUGGAGCUGAUAGAACUCGUGGAUACGGUACUGACGUCAAUGCUGGACUUAAAUACAAUUUCCUGCAAAAGAAAAACUGGAAUGGAGAUAUUAGCGGACAAUACGGCAGACAUUUUGGAGGGCCUGGCGGUACUGGCAAGCCACAAGCUGGUGUAUUUUUGAAUUUGAACGGAAAGUUUUAAAUUAGCCACUAAUCUUAAAUUCCCGUGAUAACAAUGUGUUCAUUUUUAUACUCUGUAAUUUUAUAAAUAAAUAAGUAUUACCUUUUAA